UGCCAAUCCUGCGCCGCCUCAGCCGCGUCCCAUGAACCGGAAAUAAAACGCGCGAAGGGGCUAGACCAAUCAGAACACGAGUCUUGCCUCCUGGGACGGGAUGGACCGGAAGGGUGCCCUGAGAGCCAAUCAGAGACCAAAGCUAGGAAGGGGCGUGCCUGGCGUCGUCAGGGUAGCCACCUCCGCUGUCACCUCGGCUGCUGCAUCUGCCUGGCCGCGGAGAUGGCUGUUGGGGGCCCUGCGACAGCCCCUGGCAGUGCAGAGUGCAGCCGUCAGAUAUUCCCACCCAAAUCCUCCUCAGACUCUGAGACUGAAGGUGAACUGUGUGGGGCUGGGCUGGUGUUGCCCAGGACUGGCCAACUCCAUGAGUUCCUCAGCCCAGAAGAAGACACAGAUUCUCCUGGCUCAGCUGGGAGCGUUUGCGGGACCCUACAGCAGAGAGGUGGCCGGGGUCUGCUGGAGUCCCUCUUUGCCUCUGAUGCAGACAGUGGUGAGAGCUUCUCUGAAGAUGAGGAUCUGGAGCAUUUCUUCCAGGACAAGAGCCGGGGGAGGCCGCAGUCCCGGAGCCCGCCAUCUUUGAGGUGUGGUUCCACGAGGCGGUGCAGUUCCCUGAGCAGCCUCCCCUGUGCCGGGCCCAGGGCCCAGGCCCGGCCCCCCUCGGGCUCUGGGCCUCCUUCCCAGCGAAGAAGCCUCAGCUCCUGGGCAUCCUCCAUCACCGUCCCUCGUCCGUUCCUCAUGACCCUGCGGGAGGCCCAGAAGAAAGCGCAGUGGCUGGCCUCACCAGCCUCCUUUGAGCAGGAGAGGCAGCGGGCCCAGAGGCAGGGCCAGGAGGAGGCUGAGUGCCACCGGCAGUUCCGGGCACAGCCUGUGCCAGCACACGUCUACCUGCCCCUGUACCAGGAGAUGGUAGAGCGCAGUGAGGCCCGGAGGCGGGCAGGGAUCCAGCGGAGGAAGGAACUGCUCUUGUCAUCCCUGAAGCCCUUCAGCUUCCUGGAGAAGGAAGAGCAGCAGAAAGAAGCCGCUCGACAGAGGGACUUGGCUGCUGUGGGUAAGGCCAAGGCCCCCCAGAGGAAAGCUACCCGCAGGAUCCCAAAGUCCGUUCUGGAGCCAGCUCUUGGGGACAAACUUGAAGAAGCUGAGCUCUUCAGGAAAAUUCGCAUCCAGAUGCGGGCCCUAGACACGCUCGGCAAGGCCUCCUCUCCUCUUGCUUCCUCUAGCAGCCGGCCUGACUCACAGCCGCGCACGGCCGCCCGCACUCAGGAGAGGAAGCUUGGCUUCCUGCAGACCGACUUUGGAUUCCAGCCUCGGGUGAAUGCUGUCGUCCCUGACCACGAGGCCCUCCACAGGGCUUUCCAGCAGAGAGCUGCCAGGGGAAGGGAAACCCGAGAGGCGACUCGCAACAAGCCUUUCUUGCUGAGGACUGCCAGCCUGUGCCGGCACCCUCCGAGGCCCUGUGACACCGGGGACACUGGAGGGAGGCUGGGUUCCCUACAGCCCCCUGCUACCCCGCUGCCUGGGAGCCGUUCUCUGAGUGGCCUUGCCUCGCUUUCUGUCAACACCCUUCCUGUGCACAUCACAGACGCCACCAGGAGGAGGGCAUCUGCAGUCAGAAGUUCACUUGAGAAAAAGGAGAAGGCUGAGGAGAGUAUUCGGUGGUUAGAGAUGCAGAGAAAGAAGCGCCACGCACUGUCCAAGUCUGUGGCCCUGCGUGCAAAAGCUGCGGACCCCCACCAAAGCCUCGAGGAGGUGUUCAGGGCCAAGCUGAGAGAACACCGGAACAAUGACCGAAAAAGAGCAAAAGAAUAUAAGAAAGAACUAGAAGAAAUGAACAAGAGAAUACAAACAAGGCCCUAUCUCUUUGAGCAAGUUCCCAAGGACCUUGCCCGGAAAGAAGUGGAGCAGCGGUACGGAGCUGCGCUGCGGCAGGCCGGGCUGCAGGAGGACUUUGUGAGGAAGAAGGGCCAAGGCACCGGUGCUGGGCCGCGGAAGGAUGUGCCCAGUACCAAUGAAACCGUAAAAUUUGACACGAGGGACCAACAGCAAGAUUCAGAAGAAUUCCUGGAGCAGCUGACAAGCCCUGAGAAAGACUUGGAGAUGCUGUCUUGUGAAUCACCAGACAGUCUCAAGCCUCGCCCUUCUGAACAUCAUGCAGCUAAGAGCGGAGGCAAACCCUUGGAUCGCGUCAUGGCUGCGGUUAGAGAACGGGGAAGAGUAACAGAGAGAGGUGAUUGGAGCAAAUUGAAGUGGGCCAACACGGGGUAGAGGGUCAUAGUUCACAGGUGAAACUCCUGCUUUCCCCCUGACACUUGAAAGUAAAUAUAAGGGAAUAUUGCCCUUUAGAGCCCUCCCUAGUCCCAAGUAACUCACUAUGGAGCCCAGCCUGACCUUGAACUCUUCAGGGAUCCUCCUGCCUCAGCCUCCUGAGUGCCGGCAUCACAGGCAUGCGCCACCACUCCCGGCUACACUCAUUUUUAUGAACCUGCCUUCCUAGUGGAUGUCAACCUGCAGGUGCAUUCACUGUAUUUUUUAUCAUGUCUGAGUAAUCCUCAUGAAGUCAGCUCUUCAGAAAUUGCUAGGAAUGAUGGCACAAGUAUGUCUGAAGCAAAAGAGAGUUUGUUUGUUUUGUUUUGAUUAUUUUCUUUUUUU